AUGGAUUCGAACGAUUUGUUUGAUGUCUUCUCGGCUGUGCCUGAAGAAGUACCUGAUGUAUCAGAUGAAGAGAUUGAGAAUGACUCUGCCAAGGUACCGAAAUCAAAUGAAAAGCAUACGCUAACUUCAGAUGAAGAAGAUGGCGAGUCUAAUAAGAAGGUGAAACCUAACAAAACAAGUGGUUCAAAGAAGGAAACUUCAAAGAUUAUUCCAAUUGUAGCAGAUGACUUCGAACAGGAAGCCUCGAGAGAAGUGGAUGCAUCCGCAGGAUUAUCUACUCAAGCUACUACUGAGGUUGAAGAGGAUGGUAAAGUCAAACUUUCACAUCAAGUCCGUCAUCAAGUCGCACUACCUCCAUUCUACGAUUAUAAACCUAUUGGUCAGCAUAAGAGAACCAAUGAAGCCCGUACUUACCCUUUUACGUUAGACCCUUUCCAAGAUACUGCUAUCUCUUGUAUAGAUAGAGGUGAAUCUGUUUUAGUUUCAGCUCACACAUCUGCAGGUAAGACAGUGGUGGCUGAAUAUGCCAUUGCCCAAUCUUUGAGAGAGAAGCAAAGAGUUAUUUACACAUCACCAAUCAAGGCUCUUUCGAAUCAGAAAUAUAGAGAACUGUUGGCUGAAUUUGGUGAUGUUGGCUUAAUGACCGGUGAUAUUACUAUUAAUCCCGAUGCAGGUUGUUUGGUUAUGACCACCGAAAUUUUGAGAAGUAUGCUUUACAGAGGUAGUGAGGUUAUGAGAGAAGUGGCAUGGGUUAUCUUUGAUGAGGUCCAUUAUAUGAGAGACAAGGAACGUGGUGUUGUUUGGGAAGAAACUAUCAUUCUACUCCCAGAUAAGGUGCGUUAUGUCUUCUUAUCUGCCACCAUCCCAAAUGCAAUGGAGUUUGCUGAAUGGAUAUGUAAAAUCCAUUCCCAACCAUGUCAUAUUGUCUAUACAAAUUUUAGACCUACUCCACUUCAGCAUUAUCUGUUCCCCGCACAUGGUGAUGGUAUUUAUUUAGUUGUAGAUGAAAAGAGUACUUUUAGAGAAGAGAAUUUUCAGAAAGCUAUGACUUCAAUUGGGAACCAAGCUGGUGAUGACCCUAACUCAACCGAAUCAAGAGGUAAGAAGGGUCAAACAUUUAAAGGUGGAGCAGCAAAAGGUGACGCAAAAGGUGAUAUAUAUAAAAUUGUCAAGAUGAUUUGGAAAAAAAAAUAUAAUCCAGUAAUUGUCUUCUCUUUUAGUAAACGUGAUUGUGAAGAACUGGCUCUAAAAAUGUCUAAGCUGGACUUCAAUUCUGAUGAUGAAAAGGAUGCAUUGACUAAAAUAUUCAACAAUGCAAUUGCAUUACUGCCUGAAAACGACAGAGAAUUACCACAAAUCAAACACAUUCUACCAUUGCUAAGGAGAGGUAUUGGUAUCCAUCAUUCGGGGUUAUUACCUAUAUUAAAGGAAGUUAUCGAAAUCCUGUUCCAAGAGGGUUUCCUCAAGGUGCUAUUUGCUACAGAAACUUUUUCCAUCGGUUUGAAUAUGCCUGCUAAAACCGUUGUUUUUACAUCUGUUAGAAAAUGGGACGGUCAACAAUUUAGAUGGGUAUCUGGUGGUGAAUAUAUUCAAAUGUCUGGUCGUGCCGGUCGUCGUGGUCUGGAUGAUCGUGGUAUUGUCAUUAUGAUGAUUGAUGAAAAGAUGGAACCUCAGGUCGCCAAGGGUAUGGUUAAAGGUCAAGCUGACAGGCUGGACUCUGCGUUCCAUUUGGGCUAUAACAUGAUUUUGAAUUUGAUGAGAGUUGAAGGUAUCUCCCCUGAGUUUAUGUUGGAGAACUCUUUCUUUCAAUUCCAAAAUGUCAUUGCAGUUCCAGUAAUGGAGAAAAAACUAAUUGAAUAUCAGCAACAAUAUGAUAAUAUCCAUAUUGAAGAUGAGUCAGGAAUUAAAGAAUACUAUGAAGUCAAGCAGACCUUGAAAGGUUAUUACGAAGAUGUAAGGAAAGUAAUGACUCAUCCAGCACAUUUAUUGAGUUUCUUACAACCAGGCAGAUUAAUCGAGGUUGUAGUUGAUGGAAAUCAAAGAUAUGGUUGGGGUGCUGUCGUUGACUUUGCAAAGAGAGUAAACAAGAGGAACCCUACAGCUGUAUAUUCCGACUAUGACUCUUAUAUUGUAAAUGUGGUUGUUAGCUCAAUGUAUGUCGACUCACCUAUUAACUUAAUUAAACCAUUCAAUCCUGCAUUCCCUGAAGGUAUUCGUCCAGCCCAGGAAGGAGAAAAAUCACUAUGUGCUAUUAUUCCAAUUACUAUAUCAUCAAUCACAAAUGUCGGUAACCUAAGGCUAUUUAUGCCAAAGGAUGUCAAAGCUUCCGGUCAAGUCGAUAUUGUUGGUAAAUCAUUGAAGGAAGUUGGAAGAAGAUUCCCGGAUGGAAUCCCAUUGAUAGAUCCAGUCAAGCAUAUGAAAAUUACUGAUGAUGAUUUCAUGAAACUGCAAAAGAAAAUUCAAGUCCUAGAAGAAAAACUAAAAACUAACCCAUUACACGGUUCUGUCAAGUUAAAUGAACUCUAUGAAGCCUACAACUCUAAGCAUGAGUUAUCCGAUGCAAUGAAGAAACUACGAGCAAAAAUUACUGAUUCACAAGCUGUUAUCCAGCUAGAUGACCUAAGGAAACGUAAGAGAGUUUUACGUAGACUAGAAUUCUGUACACCAAAUGACAUUAUUGAGCUAAAAGGUAGAGUUGCGUGUGAAAUUUCAAGUGGUGAUGAAUUGCUUUUAACAGAGUUGAUUUUCAAUGGUAACUUUACUGAACUGAAACCAGAACAAGCUGCUGCAUUACUUUCAUGUUUUGCAUUCCAAGAACGUUGCAAAGAAGCACCUAAACUAAAACCAGAGCUAUCCGAGCCAUUGAAAGAUUUGAGGGAACUAGCAGCCAAAAUAGCAAAAAUCAUGAAAGACUCUAAGAUUGAGGUAGUAGAAAAGGAUUAUGUAGAGAGUUUCCGCCACGAAUUGAUGGAAGUUGUCUACGAGUGGUGUAGAGGUGCCUCUUUUACUCAAAUUUGUAAGAUGACUGACGUCUACGAAGGUUCUUUAAUCAGAAUGUUCAAGAGAUUGGAAGAACUUGUAAAGGAACUGGUCGAUGUUGCAAACACAAUUGGUAACCAAGCAUUAAGGGAGAAAAUGGAAGCAGUCCUGAAACUAAUACAUAGAGAUAUUGUUUCUGCUGGCUCUUUGUAUCUAUAG